CCUGCUGCCCGGAGGGAGGCGCCUCUGAGAUUCUGAUCUGUUUGCACACAGGUGAGAAGAGCGCAUAAAACUGAUGAGAUGUGAGCUGCAGCCACUUCCACAGACCAGCACCUGUCAGCGCCAGAAUCCAGGCAGUGACUGUACGACUUAAAUAUGUGCUCCCAACUUCAAGACGCUAUGGAGAAACUCAUCGGAGUGUUCCACUCCUACUCUGGGAAAGAGGGCGACAAGUACAAGCUGAACAAAGCUGAGCUGAAGAACCUGUUGCAGGGAGAACUGUGCGAGUUCCUGGCUGCCAGCAAGGACCCCAUGGUGGUGGAUAAGAUCAUGUCUGACCUGGAUGAAAACAAGGAUGGAGAGGUGGACUUCCAGGAGUUUGUCGUCCUGAUCGCUGCGCUCACCGUCGCCUGCAACGAGUUCUUCACCGAGUUAAACGAGCAGAAGAUUUGCAAAAAGUAGCAGCAUGCCUCUGAGAGCGGCUGUCACAGUCACUAACCUUUCCUUUGACAUAAUUCAGCACCGUUAAGUCGUGUUAGAUGCUAGAGUGUGGAUGGAUCACUGUUAACCAACUCAAUAAGUCUUCAUCUGAAUAAAGAUGUUAUGCUCUUUA